UAAAGUCUCCUCACAUCCGCCUGGCGCAACACAUGAUAAACAAAGAGAUCUGUGUCUGCAGACUUUCCACACAACAGUUCAGACUCGAUCCGUAGAGUUUUGGAGUUUUUAAAGCGCAUACAACUCAAGACAAUCUGCAGUCGAACCCCAAAAGGACCUGAAGCUCACUGAAAAUGGACGAUAUCCAGGUUGUUGAGUCCAAACCCCUGCUGGUCGACAGGGAGCUCCCAGGUCUGAGAGAAGCUGUCCAGCAGCUUGUUGUCAAGGAGCAUGAUGUUGAGACUCCUUAUGGGAGAAUUCACUGCACGAUGAAGGGGGUUCCCAAAUCGGAGAGACCGGUCAUCCUCACCUACCAUGACAUUGGACUUAACCAUAAAACCUGCUGGGAUACCCUCUUCAACCAUGAAGACAUGUCAGAAAUCAUGCAGCACUUUGCUGUGUGUCACGUUGACGCACCGGGGCAACAUGAAGGGGCAAACACCUUCUCAACGGGAUACGAGUAUCCAUCAAUGGACCAGUUAUCUGAGACCCUCCCGCUGGUGCUGAAGCACUUUGGACUGAAGAGCGUGGUUGGAAUGGGAAUCGGAGCCGGGGCCUACAUCCUGACCAGAUUUGCUUUGAACUGUCCAAGCAUGGUGGAAGGCCUGGUGCUCAUCAACAUCAACCCAUGUGCUGAAGGAUGGAUGGACUGGGCUGCACACAAGAUCAGCGGCUGGACCCAUGCCAUGACUGACAUGGUGAUCACCCACCUCUUCGGAAAGGAGGAGAUCAAUCACAACCCUGACUUAAUCGCAAAGUAUCGCAACCACAUCAUAAACGACAUGAACCAGUUUAAUCUGCAUCUUUUUGUUAAGGCCUAUGAAAGCCGGAGAGAUCUGGAAAUUGAGCGGCCUGUUCCUGGAGGCAAUGCAAGAACCCUCAAGUGUCCUUCUCUGCUGGUGGUUGGUGAUAGCUCUCCAGCAGUGGAUGCUGUGGUUGAGUGCAACACCAAGCUGGACCCAACUAAGGCUACUCUGCUUAAGAUGGCUGAUUGCGGUGGCAUGCCCCAAGUCGACCAGCCUGGCAAACUGACAGAAGCUUUCAAGUACUUCAUCCAGGGCAUGGGAUACAUGCCUUCUGCCAGCAUGACCCGCCUGGCUCGCUCUCGUACCGCCUCCGGCUCCAGCAUCACCUCUUUCGAGGGCAACCGCUCGCGCUCCCACACCCACGAGGGCAACCGCUCGCGCUCGCACACCAACGAGGGCAACCGCAGCCGCAGCCACACGGCCGACGCCCGCGCUCACGCUGACGGGGCCGCCGACGGCGCCGCCACCAACAACAUGGACCAGGCGGUGCCUAAGUCCACUGAAGUGUCCUGCUAAGCGACCCGCCGCUCGCCCGACAGAAGAACUACUGGAGGUUGUCCUGCGCUGCCUCUAAUUCACUCACACUCACUUUAGAUCACACUAAAAAGCGCACAACGCCUGGUGACCUCUCAGCUCAGCUGGGAGUUCCUAAAAAGUGGUUGAGGCCAGCUCUGGUUGAUUCGUUCAGGGAUUCAAACAUGUCUGCUUCUUAAAGCUCGAGUGCAAUUAGAGGCAAUGCAGCCUUUCAGGACACUGAUGCAGAGAACGUUCAAGAAAGCUGUGGCUUAUAGCUCAUCAUCUUAUGUAUAGAAAAUCAUUCUCUCAGUCUAUUUUCUUUCACCAUGUCGAGACAGCUUUCUUUAAUCUCUGUAAAUGUCUUGUUUCCCUCACUGUAAUUGUCAGAUCAUUAUUAUUAUUUUUUUCUUUUCUGUAUCAUAAAUGUGUUCAGGAGCUGACUUAUAGAUUCAGGGUGAUGGAAUAGGGAAGCAUAUGAAUGGAAUAAUGACAAUUUUUCUGGAACUUUGUAAAUUAAGGGACAGAAUUUAAAACAAAUCCUGUAAAUACUCAAAUUGUUUUUGUUUUUGCCAAUUAUCAUUUUAUAUUCUCAUUUUUCAACAGUGACGUGAAACAAAUGUGUCGGGGAGUCAAGCGAUCAAUUCUGAAAUAACAUUCCACUGUGGAUAUAUGCUUUAAUUAAUCAGAUUAUGCCCUAAGAUAAAUUUGAAAGCUUUUGCAUGUUACGGUUUAUUGAUAAAUCUCGGCUUCAGUUUUUCAGUUUUUUUUUUCUGAUGCAAUCAAGUGAAAUGGAACAAAGGAAAAAAAAAGUGCCAUGGAAUUGUUCACUUUUUCCAAAACGUGACGCUCCUUUUAUGGUUGUGGAUUUGUGAGGUGAGUGCAGAGACAGGAAGUCCACAUGCUAACAUGAGGAUUAGCCCUAGAACUUCACCUGACAUAUUUUACUCCACUAAUUUACUUGCACUACAGCGAUGUUCUACUUUAUAGAAGACUCACAGCUUUGUAAAGAUGCAAUGCACAAACCAUCUAAUGCUGUAGAAAUGCAUAAAAAAAUGGCAUACGUUUGUAUUUAUUAAAAAAAAACAAUAAAAACCUGUAACAGA